UAGUUUUCACUACACAAAAUGGAAAGGUCGCUAUAGUGACUGGAGGUGCUAAAGGAAUUGGUUACCAAACUGUGAAGCAUUUGGCACGACUUGGCAUGCACGUUGUAAUAGCUGGAAACAAUGAGAGGGAGGGCCAAGAAGCAGUGAAGAAGCUACAAGAAGAAACUUUGACUGGAAAAGUGGAGUUUUUAUACUGUGAUUUGGCUUCCAUGAAGUCUAUACGGCAAUUUGUGCAGCAGUUUAGAGCAAAGAAUUGUCCACUCCAUGUCCUGGUGAAUAAUGCUGGGGUGAUGAUGGUCCCUGAAAGGAAGACAGAGGAUGGGUUUGAGGAGCACUUCGGCUUGAACUACUUGGGACACUUCCUGUUGACUAACCUCCUCUUGGAAACGCUGAAGCAAUCAGGAACGCACAGUCACAACGCUAGGAUCGUCACUGUCUCAUCAGCCACCCAUUAUGUAGGCAAACUGCACCUGAACGACUUACAAAGCAGAUGUUCGUAUUCACCCCAUGGAGCCUAUGCCCAAAGCAAACUUGCCCUUGUGUUAUUUACCUAUCGUCUACAGCAUCUUCUGACUGCAAAUGGAAGCCAUGUGACUGCUAAUGUAGUAGACCCUGGAGUAGUGAAUACUGACCUCUACAAGCAUGUCUUUUGGGUUGUGAAAGUGGUCAAAUGGAUGACAGCCUGGCUAGUUUUCAAGACUCCAGAGGAAGGAGCCUCUACAAGCAUCUAUGCAGCAGUAUCACCUGAGAUGGAAGGAGUUGGUGGCUGCUACCUUUAUAAUGAAGAAAGGACAAAAUCAGCUGACGUAGCAUACGAUGAGGAGCUGCAGAGAAGGCUCUGGACAGAAAGCUGCAAAAUGGUUGGGAUUUCUGAUGAAUCCAGCAGAGUUCCCUAGACCAAGCCACUUCCAGCUGGGUACAUGAAAUGUAUUGACAAGCAUCUUAGGUGAAAUCUUGCAGCAUCAAUCAUCAUCCUGGAAAUCACUGUUCAAUCCCAAAGGCAAACCUGAACAGCUCUCUUCUUUGCUUGAAUCCCUAGUCUGCUAGGGUGUAGGGGGAAAUAUUCCCACAGAAAGAUGUAGUGGUUGGUUUUAAAUCUAACCAUCAGUUUUGUAAAUCAUUAUGUUUCAGUCUGUGAU